UUUCAAUAUGGGGGUUUAAGAGAGAGAAAUGGAUAUAGAGCGAGAAACAAGGCGCGUAGAGUGAAGGCCGUCCGAAAUCUGAAUGCACAGGCUGCUGUUCUUCGUCUUCAUCAUCCUUCCUUGAUUCUUCUUUUUCUCUCUUUUAGGGCAGAUUUCAGAUUCAAAAACAUAGAAAAUUAUAUAUAUAUAUAUAUAAUAGAUAUAUAUAUAUAUACUAUUUGCAUUAUAUCUGAAGAAGCAUAAUAUAUAUAUAAAUAUAAUAUUCAGAUCUUGCUUCCUUCAACCUUCCAUUGUGUCCGAUCGACCAGCUCAUGAUAUAAGUUUGGUCAUCGGGCAGCUACAAUCAAUCAACCAACCUCAAUCUGUUUAUGGAAAUUCAUUGAGAUUUUGGUGCCAUUUUUGAUUUUCAUUCAGUUCGGGAUUCCUUCUAGAAGGGUUUAGAUCUGUUUUUUGUUGUUUUAUCGUAGAGUUUUAUCGGAUGACAGAAUAAUAUUAGGUUUUGGUAAACCGACUCAUCGGAGAACGAUGAAAUGGGUAUCAUUGCUUAAGGACUUGCAAGGAAGAGUUGGUAUUACGCAGUCUCCUUCAACCGCAUUCGCUUCUUCUUCUUCUUCUGCUUCAUCGUCAUCGUCGUCAUCAUCUAUUCCGUCUUCUUCAUAUAGAGAUGGAAAUGUUGCUAAUAAGCAAGAGCUUGACUCAUCUAAUCCUUCAAGGGACAAGGUUGAAUUGGAAUUGGAGUUCAAGAGAUACUGGGAAGAGUUUCGGUCAUCAAACUCUGAAAAGGAGAAGGAAGCGGCGUUGAAUAUGACUAUAGACAUUUUUUGUAGAUUAGUAAAGCAGGACAAAGACGUAGGUCAAGUAAUUACCAUGUUAGUUGAAACACAUGUUUUUUCUUUUGUCGUGGGAAGAGCAUUUGUAACGGAUAUUGAGAAGUUGAAAAUUAAUAGAAAAUCAAGAUCAUUGGAUGCUGGGAAAGUUUUAAGCUUCUUCUCAGAUACUACCAAGGAUGGCAUCAAACAUGGAUCAAAUUUGUUAUAUGCUGUGGAAAUUCUUGUAUCUGGGCCUAUUGAUAAGCAAUCCCUCCUUGAUUCGGGUAUUCUAUGCUGUCUCAUCCAUAUUCUUAGUGCUAUUUUGGGUCCUGAUGAUGGAAAUCAGAAGCCAAAGACUAAUAAUAGUAAACAAGAGGAUCUAUUGGUGGCUGAGAGAUCUGUGGAUACAGAUUCUGGUCAAGUCCGUCUGCUUGAGGUGGAAGGAACCAUUGUACAUAUCAUGAAAGCAUUAGCAAGUCAUCCUUUUGCAGCACAAAGUUUGAUUGAAGACACAUCCCUUCAGACACUCUUUGAAAUGGUUGCCAAUGGGUCUUUACGUGUUUUCUUGCAAUACAAGGAAGGUGUUGUUCCCUUGCAUAGUAUACAGCUUCACAGACAUGCGAUGCAGAUACUUGGUCUUCUUUUGGUUAAUGACAAUGGCACCGUAGCCAAGUACAUACGUAAACACCAUUUGAUUAAAGUGCUGCUUCUGGCAGUAAAAGAUUUUAAUCCUGAAUGUGGAGAUCCUGCAUAUACCAUGGGCAUAAUUGACUUGCUUCUAGAAUGUGUAGAAUUGUCUUGCAGACCUGAAUCUGGCGGUGUCAGGCUCAGGGAGGAUAUCCACAAUGCUCAUGGCUAUCAGUAUCUUGUACAGUUUGCAUUAGUUCUUUCAAAAGAAAGCUCCCAGGAAACUCAUUCCAAGUUGUGUUCAGAAAUUGAUUCUUCUUUGGAUGGUUCAAAAUCAGUCACCAGUGAAGGAUUGAGUCCAAGAGAGUAUGGUGAGGAUGCCUCUAUCCAAGGUCUCUCACCAGUACUUUCUAGGUUGCUUGAUGUUCUAGUUAAUUUAGCUCAAACUGGCCCUCCUGAUGUUACACUAUCUUUGGGAACCAGAAGUUCUGUUAAUUCACAAAAUAAACCAGGCGGGCACAGCAAAAGUCGUUCAGUAUCUUUUGACCGGAGUAUCGAUGAACUUUGGGAGAAAGGGAAUAACAAAGUUAAGGACCUUGAAGCCGUCCAGGUGUUGCAGGACAUUUUCCUCAAAUCUGAAAGCAGCGAAUUACAGGCUGAAGUUCUGAAUCGGAUGUUUAAGAUAUUCUCGAGUAAUCUAGAAAAUUACAAGUUGUGUCAGCAGCUGAGAACUGUGCCUCUGUUGAUUCUGAAUAUGGGUGACUUUCCUCCAUCUCUUCAAGAGAUAAUCUUGAAAAUUCUUGAAUAUGCAGUAACUGUUGUAAAUUGCAUACCUGACCAAGAACUGCUCUCUCUUUGCUGCUUGCUACAGCAGCCACUAACGUCUGAAUUGAAGCACACUAUUCUUUCUUUCUUCGUGAAGCUUCUGUCCUUUGAUCAGCAAUACAAGAAAAUCCUGAGAGAAGUUGGUGUUUUGGAGGUUUUGUUGGAUGAUUUGAAGCAUCACACAUUUCUAUUAGCCCCUGAACAAUCCAGUAUUGACUACAAUGAAUCAGAGAGGAACCCUAGCUCAAGUAGCUUCAAGAAACACUUGGAUAACAAGGAUACGAUUCUUUCUUCACCCAAAUUGUUAGAUUCUGCCUCUGGAAAGUUCUCACUUUUUGAAACUGAGGACACAGCAUCUGUUGCCUGGGAUUGUAUGGUUUCUUUAAUCAAGAAAUCCGAUGCUAAUCAAGCUGCAUUUCGAUCAGCUAAUAGUGUGAUUAUUCUUCUGCCUUUCCUGGCAUCUGGUAGUCACAGACAAGGGAUGCUUAGAGUCUUGUCAUGCUUAAUUAUUGAAGAUAUUACACAGGUUCAUUCAGAAGAACUGGGAAUACUUGUUGAAGUUCUAAAAAGUGGAAUGGUUACAAGUGUUUUAGGGCAUCAAUACAGACUCCUAAGUGAUGCUAAAUGUGAUAUAUGUGGUGCCAUAUGGCGCAUUGUGGGGGCUAAUAAUACAGCUCAGAGGGUGUUUGGUGAAUCAACUGGGUUUUCUCUUCUUCUGACCACACUCCAUAGUUUCCAGAAUGAUGGAGAGCAGAUGGGUCAGCCAUCCUUAAAUGUUAAUGUCAAGGUUUUCACUUAUCUGUUGCGUAUGGUGACUGCUGCAGUAUACAACCAUUCUCUAAACCGGCUGAAAUUACAUACAAUCAUAUCAUCCCAAACUUUUUAUGAUCUUCUGUCUGAUUCUAGUUUGAUCUGUGUUGAGCAUGAAAGGCAAGUCAUACAGCUGUUACUGGAACUUGCUCUUGAAUUGGUCCUACCUCCAUUCCUGGCAUUUGAAGCAACCGUAGCAUCUGAAGUGACAAAAGCCCUUCUUUUGAUAACUCCAGCAGGAUCCUUAAGUCCUGACAAUGAAAGGAUAUAUAAUGCUGGUUCAAUUAGAGUUCUCAUACGAUCGGUGUUACUCUUUACACCAAAGGUGCAGCUAGAAGUGCUUAGCCUCAUUGAAAAGCUUGCUGACGCUGGCCCAUUCAAUCAGGAAAAUCUCACUUCUAUAGGAUGCGUGGAACUUCUUCUGGAGACAGUGUAUCCUUUUCUUUCAAGUUCAUCAUCACUUGUCAUCCAUGCUCUGAAGAUUGUAAAAGUCCUUGGAGCAUAUAGGCUGUCUGCAUCUGAACUUCACAUGCUUGUAAGAUAUAUUCUGCAAACAAGGAUGAGUAACUCUGGCCACAUACUCGUGGAUAUGAUGGAGAAGCUAAUUCUUAAGGAAGAGACGGCUUCAGAAAAUAAUUCUUUGGCUCCAUUCACAGAAAUGGAUAUGAGUAAGACGGGACAUUCUUCCAUCCAGGUAUCACUUGGGGAAAGAUCAUGGCCCCCUGCUGCUGGCUACUCCUUUAUUUGUUGGUUUCAGUUUCGGAACUUCUCAAAGAUGCACAAGAAGGAAGCAGAAACCAGUAAUUCUAGUCUUUAUCAGAAGGGAAAUGGUGCUAAUAUGCAGCAUAGUGGGUUCCAGGUCCUCCGGAUGUUUUCUGUUGGUGCAACAGAUGACACAAACAACUUAUAUGCUGAACUAUAUCUUCGAGAAGAUGGCAUACUAACCCUUGCAACUGGGAACUCUUCUACUCUUUCAAUUUCGGGGUUAGAACUAGAAGAAGGGAGGUGGUAUCACCUUGCAGUUGUGCAUAGCAAACCAAAUGCUUUGGCUGGUCUUUUCCAAGCUAGUAUUGCACAUAUUUACCUCAAUGGAAAGCUUAGACACUCAGGGAAACUAGGAUAUUCUCCUUCGCCUAUUGGAAAAUCUUUGCAGGUUACAUUAGGUACUCCUAUCACACGUGCAAGAGUUUGUGACCUAUCCUGGAGGCUCCGUUCUUGCUAUCUUCUUGAAGAGGGGCUUACAGCCGGUGCUAUUUGUUUUACAUACAUUCUUGGAAGAGGAUAUAGAGGGCUGUACCAAGACACAGAUCUUUUGCGUUUUGUUCCUAGUAAGGCAUGUGGUGGGGGUAGUAUGGCUAUCCUAGAUUCAUUAGAUGCUGACUUGGCUUUGACAUCUAAUGUACAAAAGCCUGAAAAUGCCACCAAACAAGGUACUUCUAAGGCAGAUUGCAGUGGAGUUGUUUGGGACAUGGAAAGACUUGGGAAUCUAUCCUUACAACUAUCUGGUAAGAAGCUCAUUUUUGCAUUUGAUGGAACGUCUACAGAAGCUUAUCGAGUGUCUGGAACUUUUUCUGUGCUCAAUCUAGUUGAUCCAAUGUCGGCUGCUGCUUCUCCUAUUGGUGGUAUACCUCGUUUUGGACGUCUCAAUGGUGAUAUUUAUAUCUGCAGACAAUGUCCAAUUGGUGAUAGCAUUCGUCUUGUUGGUGGGAUUGCAGUCAUCCUUGCUCUGGUUGAGGCUGCAGAAAGUAGGGGCAUGCUGCACAUGGCACUCACUUUACUUGCAUGUGCACUUAACCAGAACCCUCAGAAUGUCAAAGACAUGCAGACACAGCGUGGAUACCAUUUGCUAGCUCUAUUUCUACGUCGCAGGAUGCCAUUGUUUGACAUGCAGAGUCUUGAUAUCUUCUUCCAGAUUGCUGCAUGUGAGGCUUCUGUUUCUGAACCAAAGAAGCUAGAAAACACGAAGAGUGCAUUUUUACCUGGUGUAAACGAAACCAGCUUUGAAGACUUUAGCUUGCCAAAGUUACCGGAGGAAUUCUCAUUAGCUGGAGCUCACGGUGAUGAUGACUUUUCCCUACUCAAAGAUUCACCAAGUAUUGUUUCAGAGCUUGAUACAGAUAUUCCUGCUGAAACAUCUAAUUGUAUGGUCCUGUCUAAUGCUGAUAUGAUGGAGCAUGUAUUGUUAGAUUGGACCUUGUGGGUAACAGCUCCAGUUUCAAUUCAGAUUGCACUAUUGGGCUUUCUUGAACACUUAGUGUCAAUGCACUGGUACAGGAAUCACAAUAUGACCAUCCUUCGCAAAAUGAACCUUGUCCAACAUAUGUUAGUGACUCUCCAGAGGGGUGAUGUUGAAGUUCCAGUCUUGGAAAAGUUAGUGACAUUGCUAGGCAAUAUUUUAGAAGAUGGGUUUCUAUCUUCUGAACUUGAAAAUGUGGUCAGGUUUGUUAUUAUGACAUUUGAUCCACCUGAGCUUGUAACACAGAAAAAAAUUGUUCGGGAGUCUAUGGGGAAGCAUAUCAUUGUGAGAAAUAUGUUACUUGAGAUGCUGAUUGAUUUACAAGUGAAAAUAUAUACAGAAGAACUCCUUGAGCAGUGGCACAGGAUUGUUUCAUCUAAAUUGAUAACUUAUUUUCUUGAUGAAGCUCUGCAUCCAACUAGUAUGAGAUGGAUCAUGACUCUUCUUGGCAUAUGUCUUGUCUCUUCUCCUACAUUUGCCCUCAAAUUUAGGAACAGUGGAGGUUAUCAUGGUUUAGCUAUGGUGCUUACAAGUUUUUAUGACUCACCUGAGAUAUAUUAUAUUUUGUUUUGUCUGAUAUUUGGAAAGCCAGUUUAUCCAAGAUUACCGGAAGUGCGCAUGUUGGACUUCCACGCCCUUAUCCCAGGUGAUGGAAAUAAUGGGGAACUGAAAUUUGUUGAAUUAUUAGAUUCUGUGAUUUCCAUGGCAAAGUCGACAUUUGAAAAGUUAUACAUGCAGUCAAUAGCCGCCUACCAAACUGGCAACUUCUCUCAAUUUGCUGCUGGUUUGGUAGCAGAGCUUGUUGAUGGCAGUAUCGAUACAACUGGGGAGCUUCAGGGAGAAGCUUUAAUGCAUAAGACGUAUGCAGCACGGUUAAUGGGCGGAGAGGCUUCAGCUCCUGCUGCAACAACUUCAAUGCUCAGAUUCAUGGUUGAUCUGGCAAAGAUGUGCCCUAAUUUCUCUGCUGUUUGUAGAAGAGCAGAAUUCCUUGAAAGCUGUGUUGAUCUCUACUUUUCAUGUGUUAGGGCUACACAUGCUGUGAAGCUGGCAAAAGAACUACCCAUUAAGUCAGAGGAGAAGAACCUAGACAGUUGUGAUGAUACAAAUAGCUCCCAGAACACAUUCUCCAGCUUGCCUAACGAUCAAGUCCAAUCUGCUAAACCUAUCAUAAGUGUUGGAAGUUCAAAGGACAUACUCGUGGCUGCUAACAAUCUAGCUGGUGAUAGAAUGGAAUCGACAGAUGUAUCUAUGUUGAUACUGGAGAAGCCUGUAAUAGAGGAUCGAGAGUUAGAAAAUGAAGUUUACGACCAAGCUAUUGCCACUUCUAUCACCGAUCAGUAUAAUUUCCAUCAUGAUAAUAUGGCUCCAUCAAAUUCCCUUCAUGAAGAUUCACAAACCUUAGUUUCCUUAGCUUCGUUUGAUUCUUCCAUUUUAUCUGACAAAUCAACUUCCAAAGUCCAACUAAUGACCUCUUCCCCACCAAUCGUUACAAUGACAUCAAAAGUUUCAUCGGGUGAAGCAGAUUCAUCUUCAGAGUUGAAGUCUAGCUCAGAGAAUCCAUUAGAUACAACCACGUUCUUCACUCUCAACUCCACAUUACUUCUUGAAAUUGAUGAUUCUUGCUAUGCUGGUGGACCUUGUUCUGCUGGAGCCACAGCUGUUUUAGAUUUUAUGGCAGAAGUACUUUCUGAUCACGUGACUGAGCAGUUCAAAGCAGCACCUCUAAUAGAGACCAUCUUAGAAAGUGCUCCUCUGUAUGUUAAUACAGAGUCUCUUCUGGUUUUCCAGGGUUUAUGCCUAAGUAGAUUGAUGAAUUUCCUUGAAAGGCGUCUCUUACGCGACGACGAAGAAAAUGACAAAAAAUUAGACAAGAAUCGUUGGACCUUAAACUUAGAUGCAAUGUGUUGGAUUAUUGUUGAUCGCGUUUAUAUGGGUGCUUUCCCCCGGCCCGCAGAUGUUCUAAGAACAUUAGAAUUCCUGUUGUCCAUGUUACAGUUGGCAAAUAAAGAUGGUAGGGUAGAAGAAGCAACUCCAGCAGCAAAAGGUCUCCUUUCUAUUGGUAGAGGUAGCAGACAACUAGAUGCUUAUAUACAAGCCAUAAUGAAAAAUGUGAACCGUGUGAUAUUGUAUUGUUUCCUCCCUUCAUUCUUGUCCUCUUUAGGAGAAGAUGAUCUUCUAUCUCGGUUACAAUUGCAGAUUGACUCUAAGAAGCCACCCACACAUGUAUCUGUGCAGGAAGAAUUAAGGGUUGAUAUAUCCACUGUUUUACAGUUAUUAAUUGCACAUCGACGAGUUAUAUUUUGCCCUAGCAAUCUCGACAGUGAUCUUAACUGUUGUCUCUGUAUUAAUUUAAUAUCUCUGUUGCAUGACCAAAGACGAAAUGCACAGAACAUGGCAGUCGAUAUACUCAAAUAUCUUCUAAUGCAACGCAGACCGGCCUUUGAAGAUUUACUUGUGCUCAAAACAAACCAAGGGCCACGUCUUGACGUUCUUCGCGGUGGAUUUGACAAACUGUUAAUGGGAGAUUUAUCUGCUUUCUUUGAUUGGUUCCAGAGCUCUGAAAGGGAAGUUCACCAAGUCCUCGAACAUUGUACCACUAACAUGUGGAUGCAACACAUUUCUGGAUCAGCAAAGUUUCCUGCAGUAAGAAUGCAAGGCAUAGACAGUCGUCGUACGAGAGAAAUGGGGAGAAGAUCACGUGACAGUGCAAAACUGGAGCAAAGACAUUGGGAGCAGAUAAAUGAACGUAGAUAUGCUCUUGAAUUAGUUUGUGAUGCUAUGUCUACUGAGCUGGGAGUUGUCCGUCAUGAUAAGUAUGGAUGGGUACUUCAUGCUGAAAGUGAGUGGCAAACACAUCUACAACAACUUGUACAUGAACGAGGAAUAUUCCCAAUGUCUAAGUCAUCCAUGAAUGGAGAUAUUCAGUGGCAGCUUUGUCCCAUUGAAGGCCCAUAUCGAAUGCGCAAGAAGCUUGAGAGGCCCAAUUUGAUGAUUGACAAUAUUCAGAAUUUGCUGAAGGGGCAGUUUGAACUGGAUGAGAUGAAUCCUUCGAGGGAGAGAAAUGAAAAUGAUCUCGAUGCUUCCUAUUCUGAAUAUGAUCCAUUUUCUAACCUAUUGACAGAUGGUGCAAAACACGAUUCUUUUAACAGUGAGCUCUAUGAUGAAUCCAUAUUCAAAGAAUCUGAUGAUUAUAGAGAUGUAACCAAUACUGGAUGGAGUUAUGACCGUGCUAGUAGCACAAAUGAAAUGAGUCUUUAUUCUGCACAAGACUACGGUGCUAAGUCUAGUGUAGUAUCCAUGUCAAUAGAAGAGAGCCUACGAGGAAGAUCUGAAAUAGGAUCUCCAAGACAGCAUUCCUCUGUGAAAACUGACGAGGGGAGAUUAGACAAAGAAGUGAAUGAUAACGGUGAAUACUUAAUCAGACCAUAUCUGGAGCCUCUCGAAAAAAUAAAAUUCCGAUAUAAUUGUGAAAGGGUUUUAGGCCUUGAGAAACAGGAUGGAAUAUUUCUGAUUGGGGAACUCUCACUGUAUGUUAUAGAGAAUUUCUACAUUGAUGAUUCUGGGUGCAUAUGCGAAAAGGAAAAUGAAGAUCAACUCUCUAUCAUUGAUCAGGCUUUGGGUGUGAAGAAAGAUUUUUCUUGCAGUAUGGAUUCCCACUCAAAGUCCACAUCAUCCUGGGCUGCAACAUUUAAGAUGCAUGUUGGGGGAAGAGCCUGGGCCUAUAACGGUGGAGCAUGGGAUAAUGAAAAGACUUGUAAUAAUGGCAAUGCACCUCAUCCUUGGCGUAUGUGGAAACUUGACCGUGUACAUGAAAUCUUAAAGCGAGAUUAUCAAUUGCGUCCAGUUGCUAUUGAGCUAUUCAGCAUGGAUGGAUGUAAUGACCUUCUGGUAUUUCACAAAAAGGAGAGGGAAGAAGUUUUCAAAAGUUUGAUGGCCCUAAAUUUACCAAGGAAUAGCAUGUUGGACCCUACAAUUUCAGGCUCCUCAAAGCAAGAUAGCUAUGAGGGGGGCCGUCUUUUCAAGAUCAUGGCUAAAUCCUUCUCUAAAAGAUGGCAGAAUGGAGAAAUCAGCAACUUUCAGUACCUCAUGCACCUCAACACCCUUGCAGGCCGUGGAUACAGUGAUCUAACCCAGUAUCCAGUGUUUCCUUGGAUUCUUUCUGACUAUGAGAGUGCAAAUCUAAAUUUCUCAGAUUCCAAAACAUUUCGUAGGCUUGAUAAGCCAAUGGGCUGUCAAACAUUUGAGGGGGAAGAAGAAUUCUUGAAAAGGUAUGAGAGCUGGGAUGAUCCAGAAGUACCAAAAUUUCACUAUGGCUCUCAUUAUUCUAGUGCUGGGAUAGUUUUGUUCUAUCUUAUUCGCCUGCCACCAUUUAGUGAGGAGAAUCAAAAGCUGCAAGGUGGACAGUUUGACCAUGCUGACCGCCUUUUCAACAGUGUUAGAGAUACAUGGUUAAGUGCUGCUGGAAAAUCAAACACCUCAGAUGUAAAGGAACUUGUUCCUGAAUUCUUCUAUAUGCCAGAAUUUCUGGAGAAUCGAUUCCGUCUUAACCUUGGAGAGAAACAAUCUGGUGAAAAGGUUGGCGAUGUUAUAUUACCUCCAUGGGCCAAAGGUAGCACAAGAGAGUUUAUCAGGAAGCACAGGGAAGCUUUGGAAUCAGAUUACGUCUCAGAAAACCUUCAUCAUUGGAUUGACCUAAUAUUUGGAUAUAAACAGAGAGGGAAGGCUGCAGAAGAAGCUGUUAAUGUUUUCUAUCAUUAUACAUACGAAGGAAGUGUAGAUAUAGAUUCCGUUACAGAUCCUGCAAUGAAAGCAUCAAUUCUUGCCCAAAUCAAUCACUUUGGACAAACACCGAAGCAACUGUUCCUUAAACCCCAUGUCAAAAGGCGAUCCGAUAGAAAACUCCCUCCUCAUCCACUCAAGCUCUCGCAACAUCUCACUCCACAUGAGAUUCGUAAGAGCUCAACCCAAAUAGCUCAAAUUGUCACCUUCAAUGAUAGAAUUCUUCUAGCCGGAACAAAUACCUUGCUUAAACCUAGAACAUACCUCAAAUAUGUUGCAUGGGGGUUCCCAGAUCUUAGCUUAAGAUUCAUAAGCUACGAUCAAGAUAGACUCCUCUCGACCCACGAGAAUCUUCACGGAGGCAAUCAGAUUCAGUGUGCUGGCAUGACUUACGACGGUCAGAUUCUUGUUACAGGUGGCGACGAUAAUCUCGUUUGCGUUUGGAGAAUCGCAAAUGACGAAGUUCACACUCAACGGAGGCUUAUGUUAGAGAAGAUGCUUUCCGCCCACACAGGAAAGAUCACUUGUUUACGGGUCAGCCAGCCUUAUAUGAUGAUUGUCAGCGGAUCUGACGAUCGAACUGUAAUAUUGUGGGAUCUCGGAUCUUUCGUUUUUGUGAGACAGCUUCCCGAAUUUCCAUCGCCUGUUUCAGCAAUUUACAUUAACGAUUUAACGGGAGAAAUCGUGACUGCUGCUGGCGUAAUGAUUUCAGUUUGGAGUAUCAAUGGGGACUGUCUUGCUGUGGCCAACACGUCUCAACUCCCUUCCGAUUCGAUUCUGUCGGUUACAAGCUGCACCUUCUCCGAUUGGCUCGAUACGAACUGGUACGUGACAGGUCAUCAGAGUGGAGCAGUUAAGAUCUGGCAGAUGAUUCAUUGUUCCGACGAAGGAAAUUUGGCCAGUGUGUUUGAAUUAGGUGGUAAGAUACCCGAAUACAGGCUUGUAUUACGGAAAGUUUUGAAAUUCCAUAAACAUCCAGUGUCUGCACUCCACCUCACUAGCGAUCUAAAGCAGUUACUAAGUGGAGAUUCUAGUGGGAGUUUGGUUUCUUGGGUGUUACCGGAUGAGAGUUUGAGAGCAUCUAUGAAACUGGGCUAGUAAAAAUUGAGGAAAUUUCAUGGGGGAAUGUGUUUCGACGAUUCCAUUUCGGUCUAAUUCUCGUCGAGCAAAAGACUUAAGUCGAAGACAGAGCUGGACAAGAAGCAGAACGGGACUCACUUAGCCAAAUCCUUUUGAUCGAUGGAUCUCCCACAGGUACAAAAGUGUUGAAUUCAAUUCUUGUAUAUAUAGACAUAGGAAAUUACAAUGUAUUAUAGGUCAGAGUUGGGAGUCAUGACUCAUAUAGCGCAAAACGAAAUCAAAAAAGAACAAAAAAAGGUAUGAAUAGUGAUAAUAGAUGUUUGAGCAAACGGUUCUGGGCUGGAGAAAUCCGUUAUGGUUUAGUCGUUGGUUUGGUUUGGUGUAGCAGUAGUGUGGUGCCACGACCAGUAACAGUUGUGCUAGUUUUAGUUGUGAAAUGUACAUUGUUUCUUAUUUAUAUGAGCCGGGCUGUUUU